AUGCUACGGUUUAUUCGUUGGGAGGGAUCUUCUCCGCCAUCUAGCAACGUCCAUAAUUCAGAUAAUUCAGAUAAUUCAAAGAAGAAAUUGACCAAUUUCCUGCCUCCGUUCUUAGCCCUAGUUUUUAUAGAUGAGAUCGGUCUCUUAUCCAGACUCGACUUAAUUAAGAACCCUGACCUUGUCAACUCUUGGGUUGAAUCGAUCCUACAGUUCACGAACUCCUCUUUUUCAUCACUCUCCCUUGAUCCCGUUGAUGAUGUCGCCUUAGCAGAUUUGUCUACCGCCGUAGUGGAUGUUUCAGCUCUGUUGGGGGGGGGGGGGGGGGGAAGCUGUGAGAAGUGGUUGGAGAGAGAAGACUCUAUAGUUUAUUCUAGAGAUUUUCGUAUAGAACUAGUACUUAUCUCUGGUCGUGAGGAGGAUUGGAAGUCCUGUUCUGUUGGAUGCAAGUUUAGCCUUCGGAAGAAGAAGAAGAAGGUUGAUGCUUCAUUUGGAUUACAUAAAGAGGAAGGGACUUUUGUUGUUCUUCUGUCAAUGGAGUCAGCUCACUACUUCCCUAGGAAUGAGAUCUCUAAGGCACGAGGAGUAGGAUAUGACAUAAUUAUGACCACGAGUCUCUCCGCAGAUGUCCCAGUUGGGUACUUUUCUUGGGAAAAAUAUGAUAUAAUGGCUCCUGUUCAACCAAAAACUGAAAAGGCAUUGGCAGCUGCAUUCAUUUCAAAUUGUGCUUCUCGCAACUUUCACUUACAAGCCCUAAAAUGGCUUGAAAAGUCAAAUAUCAAGAUUGAUUCUUAUGGUAGUUGUCAUGGAAAUCAUAAUGGAAACGUGGAAAAGGUUGAAACUCUUAAGUGUUACAAAUUCAGCUUAGCUUUUGAAAACUCCAAUGAGGAAGACUAUGUCACUAAAAAAUUCUUCCAAUCACUUGUUCUAGGGUGGCUCCAGAGCAAAAAAAAGUUGAUAAUGACAACUUUUAAAUCAUCCAGGAGAGUAACUUUGAUGUGUGGUGAUGGCACCAAUGAUGUUGGAGCUUUGAAACAGGCACAUGUAGGAGAAUCUUUUGGAGCAAUACUAGCACUUGCAGUUGCUUCUCGUAACCCUACAAUUGACUUAAUAAUCAUUCUAGAAAACUCAGGGGAUUUGGUAAAGACGGCAAUGGUUAACACUCAUGGUCCAAACCAUUUACCUUCUUCUAGGCAAUUGAUUGGCAAUCUUAAUGAAGAUAUACCACUUCUUUCUGUAAGAAUCACCUUCAACUAA